ACGAUCCUUUCUUUCGGUGGGGAGUGUCAAUUAAUAAAUUCAACCAACGAGAAUACUGAAUUACUACGAAUCAAAAUUUUGAGUGGAACUAACUUAAUGAAGAAGGAUAUUUUUGGUGUGAGUGAUCCAUAUGUCCGAAUAUAUCUUUAUAAAAAUGACCAUGUUGUGGAUAAAGCACAAACGAGGACCAUUAAAAAGACUAGAAACCCAAUAUGGAACGAAGAGUUCAUUUUUCGAGUGCUGCGACGUAACUGUUUCCUCUCAAUACAAAUCUUCGAUGAAAAUCGAAUUUUAUUUUCAAAGGAAUUUAUAUUAAUGCCAAAAUUGAUGUUUCUUUCAAUUUUUUUCGAUGUUUUUAUUUGUUUUUUGGUAGAAUGGGAGGAAAGGCAAGAUGCCAAUGGGAGAUCAUUUUAUGUCAACCAUUUAACACGUACUAUUCAGUGGAAUCGCCCUGAUGUCCAUAUUUAUCUUCAAAUAUUUAAGCUACAAAAGCGCUUGAGCCAAAAUUUUUUGAACGGUGGUCGUAAUGAAACUAAUGGUGAUAAUGAUGAUGAUGAUGAUAGUCCUUUGCCAGAAGGAUGGGAUAUUCAAGUUGCACCAAAUGGUCGACUAUUUUUUAUUGAUCAUAUACAUAAAACUACGACUUGGACCGAUCCACGCAGUGGCCGAGUUAGCGAUGAAUUAGGCAGGUUACCAGAUGGAUGGGAAGAACGUGUCCAUGUUGAUGGUCGAAUUUUUUUUAUUGAUCAUAAUACACGACAUACACAGUGGGAGGAUCCUCGUUUUGAGAAUUCAAAAAUGACCGGACCUGCAGUGCCAUAUUCUCGCGAUUAUAAGCGAAAAUAUGAGUAUUUUAGAGUACAUUUAGCUAAAGCUAUUUCUAGCGGAAAAUGUGAAUUUUCUAUUCGUAGGAGCCACGUAUUCGAAGAUUCUUUCAGGCAAAUAAUGGAGGCAACAUCGCAUCAUUUAAAAGCAAAACUAUGGAUUGAAUUUGAUGGAGAAACGGGUUUGGAUUACGGUGGUGUUGCUCGCGAAUGGUUCUAUCUCCUUUCGCACCACAUAUUUAAUCCAUAUUAUGGUCUAUUCGAAUAUUCAGCGACUGAUAAUUAUACUUUGCAAGUGAAUCCUCAUUCCGAGACUUGUAAUCCUGAUCAUCUUUCAUAUUUCUAUUUCAUCGGUCGAGUAAUUGGUAUCGCCUUAUUCCACGGAAAGCUUCUUGACGCAUUUUUUAUCAGACCAUUCUAUAAGAUGAUUUUGGGAAAACCUAUCGCAUUAACUGAUAUGGAGUCUGUAGAUAAUGAAUAUUUUAAUUCGCUUAUCUAUAUUAAAGAAAAUGAUCCAACAGAUUUAGAUUUAUAUUUCGCGGUUGAUGAGGAAAUUUAUGGUCAAACAAAAACUGUGGAACUUCGUAAAGGUGUUAAAGGAAUUCACGAUCUUAUUCCUUCAAAUUUGUUAUCAAUUUUCGAUCCAAAUGAAUUGGAAUUAUUAAUGUGCGGUUUACAAGAUAUCGAUGUAAAAGAUUGGAAAGAUAACACUCUUUAUAAAGGAGGUUAUUCAUCGAAUCAUCCAGUAAUUUAUAAUUUUUGGAAAUGUAUUCUUUUAUUCGACAACGAAAUGCGAGCCCGCAUCUUACAAUUUGUUACUGGCACAUCAAGAGUACCAAUGAAUGGUUUUUGUGAACUCUACGGAUCAAAUGGUCUUCAAAAAUUUACCAUUGAAAAAUGGGGCAAUCCAGAUAUGCUGCCAAGGGCUCAUACUUGUUUCAAUCGUAUGGAUUUACCACCUUAUCAUACUUUUCAAGAAUUACGAGAAAAAUUGACCACUGCAAUUGAGAAUUCGGAUAUUUUCUGUGGUGUUGAUUAG